CAUCGAAGCGGGCCGCUGGCUGACUUUCCUGUGUUCACUGUUUGGAGUUUGACUACUGCGAGGUAGAAGGAGAGGGUAUACUAAUGUCACAUACCUCAAACGGGGGGAAAUGCUUUGGGGUAUUGAAUAACAACCUACCGGAGGUUUUUCCAGCCACUCUUUUACGCUGAAGGACGUGAAUUAAACCGGUUUGUUCACGACAAAGCCAUGGAUCCUUCACCUACAGGAAACUUGUCCACACCAAAACUCAACUCUUCCUSUUUGACCACCAUGAGGCCGGGCACUUCCUCCCUCGGCUUGUCCGCUACCGCGUCGACUCCGGACCAGAAGAAGCCCAAACUCACGAUGCCAACCCCUCCGACCACUCCCUCAUCGUCCCCCUCCACAGCUUCCCCUCGUUCACGUCCGAGUCUCUCUUCUCGCUCUUCCUCCCUCUCCUCACCGACGUCCUCGUCCCCUUGCCAGCCCACCAGAAGCCUCUCUCAGUUGGGACGAUCCCAGCUCAAUGCGGCCUCGGCUGCUGCGGCGCCACAACCACCUGGCUCGCCUGAACCGGAUGAGCCAGAGGAGGAGUUCAGUUUUGAAGACUUGGAGGAGAAAGCAAAGUCAGGUGAUGCUAAAGCACAAACAAAGAUGGGUCGUUACUUUCUGGCCCUGGCAGAAGAGGGCGACGAAGAACUGAAUCACUGCACGGCGGUCACUUGGCUGGUCCAGGCUGCCAAACAGGGCCGCAAGGAUGCUGUCAGACUGCUGCAGCAAUGCUUAGCUUCCAGGAAAGGCAUCACUUUGGAGAACUCUGAGGAGGUGAAGAAGUUGUGCACYGAGACACGUUUUGAGCGGGGAGUCAGGAAGGCGGCUCUGCUCAUGUACUGGAAGCUGAAUCCAGAGAAAAAGAAGAAAGUGGCCAUUUCUGAGCUGCUGGAGAAUGUCGAACAUGUCCACGCAGAACCAGGCACACCCAUCACCUCAGGUCCACUUAACAGUUCUACCAAGAAACAAAGGCGUGUCCUGGAGACCAUGGUUACCAGUGAGGCCAGUUCCCAUGUGGGUCUUGAGGAUUUCGUGGAGAUGACAAAGAGAUAUGCUCAGGGGAUUGCACCGUCACCAGUCAUGGCUGCUGCAACAGAUGAUGAUGACGAUGAUGAGGAUCACGUGGUCGUGAAAAAUCCUGAUGAGCUGCCCCUACAUCAGAAGAUGUUGAAGUUUCCUCUCUACGCCCUGCUGGAAAUAAAGGAGCAUCUGAUCGACUGGGCGUCGCGAGCCGGCAUGCAGUGGCUCAGCGCCCUGAUCCCCACUCACCACAUGAACGCGCUCGUCUUCUUCUUCAUCAUCUCCAACCUCACCAUUGAGUUCUUCAUCUUCCUCAUUCCUGUGCUGGUUUUCUACCUCUCCUUCUUCUCCAUGGUCAUCUGCACGCUGCGUGUGUUUCAGAAUUCGAAGGCGUGGGAACAUUUCCGGGCCCUCACAGACCUGCUGGCUCAUUUUGAACCUGGACUUGAUCUGGAGCAGGCAGAGACAAACUUUGGAUGGACACACUUGGAACCUUAUCUGUACUUCCUGCUCUCUGUAGUCUUUGUUGUUUUCUCCUUCCCCGUCGCAGAUAAAUCUUGGAUUCCCUGCUCUGAGCUGGCGGCCAUCGCCCUCUUCUUCACCAUCACAGCCUUCCUCAGCCUCCACGCCUCUGCUCAGCUCCUUGCCCGUAAAGCCCUUUUCACGGAGGUCCUCUCUGGAGCGUGCUCUCUCACUAAGCUCUUGCCAGAGUCCGUGUGGUUUCUCCGGAUCUUCGGGACGACGUUCAUCACGCUGCCACUCGGCGACAUCGUGGCGUUAAACGUGGGAGUGCCAUGCCUCCUGUACGGACACCUUUUUUAUCUCCUCUUCCGUAUGGCCCAGCUGAGAGGUUUUAAGGGCAUCUACCUGUGCCUGGUGCCUUACCUGGUUUGUUUCACCUGGUGUGAGCUCUGCUUGGUGUUUCUCAACAAUGCCACCACUAUAGGACUCAUCCGGACCUGCGUGGGUUAUUUCCUUUUCAUAUUCGCCCUUCCCGUCCUGUCGCUGGGCGUGGCUGCGAUGCUUAUGAUCCAGUUGGUGCAGUGGUUCCUCACCCUAGAGCUGGCCAAGAUGGCGGCGACACUAACCGUCUGCUGUGUUCCGGUCGUGCUGAGGCUUUGGACUCGCUUCAGCCUCAACCCCGUCACGGUUCUUCGGUCGUUGUCACGGAGCAGCAUCGUGAAGCUCAUCUUGGUGUGGCUGAGCGCGGUGGUGCUGUUCUGCUGGAUGUACGUCUACAGGUCCGACGGCAUGAAGGUGUAUAACUCGACCCUGACGUGGCCUGAAUACAGCAACCUCUGCGGGCCUUUGGCGUGGAAAGAGUCCAACAUGGCCCAAACCCAGAUCCUCUGCUCUCAUCUUGAAGGGCACCGGGUCACCUGGACAGGACGCUUUAAGUACGUCCGUGUGACCGACAUCGAGAACGGGCCGCAGUCCGUUAUCAACCUGCUGCCCGUCUUCGUAGCGGACUGGAUGCGGUGUCUGUACGGGGAGCCCUAUCCCCUGUGUGUUAAAGAGAACCCCCCCACUGAACCCUAUCCCCGGCCCGCCCCGGCUCCUCCUCUAGAAGACCCGCUCUGCAAACUGAAAAGACUGGCCAAGCAUCAGUGCCACAUCAAACGCUUUGACCGUUACAAGUUCGAAGUCACGCUGGGCAUGCCGCUGGAGAGGAAGACCAGGAACGGGACGAUCGUCGAGGAUGAAGACGCAACUAAGGACAUCGUCCUGCGGGCAAGUAACGAGUUCAAGUCCGUGCUGUUGCACUUGAACGCCGGCAGCCUGGUGGAGUUCAGCACCAUACUGGAGGGUCGAUUGGGCUCCAAGUGGCCCGUGUUUGAAAUGAAAGCCAUCCACUGCCUCUCGUGCGGCGAUGCCCGCAUCCUCAGCCGCAAACAGUACAAGAUUGAGCACGACUGGAGACGCACGGCUCAAAGCGCCCUCCAGUUUGGCUUCGACUUCUUCCUCAACCCAUUCCUGACAGCUCGGUUGGAGGAGCACUCGGAGUCGGAGGCUGAAGCGGCAGUACCGGAGGGCGGGUAGAGGGYAACACGCGUUUGAGAGAAAAGAUGCCUCCUGAUGAUGAAAGUAGGGAUGUCCCGAUCCAGAUUUUGGCUCCUGAUACAAUCCGAUUUUUUUAAUGAUUAGUCUUUCCCGAUACCGGUCCAAUACCGAUCCGAUAGCUUUAUUUCUUUAUUUCUUUCCAAGUGACAAGGUUGGRAGUGUUAAAACGAGCCCUGCUGUUCCCACCACGAGAAACAUCCAGUUUGCAGAUUUUGCAAGAUGCAGUUUCAGCAACAUUGUUUUCCCAUUGAAAAGUGUUCCCACACUGUGGACAUGGUUGCAUACUUGUGUGCGUCUUGACUUCUUAACGGCAGUUGUAAAGCACGAUGAUGCUGAAAACUGUUGCAAAAACUGGAUCGGCCCGAUCACAUGACUAAAUCCGAUUCUUCCCGAUUUUCAAAAAAAUGGCCAUAUCUGC